ACAGCAUCUGUAAGAAAAAAGGAAAAAAAAAACACUUUUCAAACAGUGGAGUCAUCCCUCCAGCUUUUUUCUUUAACUUCCAUGAUUUUUUUUGUGAGUAUAGCCUAUCACAAAAACACGAAGCCUUCAAGGACGAACUGUCCGCAAGUGUUCACUGUUAUCCCGACUUGUACUUGAGUCAUUGUAUCUCACCCCGGUCACAACACCUUGCCUUCAAGUGUCGCCCUUCGGAAGAGUCGUCCACCUUUAGACAACCUAGUUAGUAUGCAGCAUACCGAGGGCAAGGCCAGUGAACUGGAUUUGACAUGAGGCAUUAGACGUAGAUUGUUUUUUACUGCAGUCACCACAUGAGCAAAACAGGUGUGGAGGAGGCAGAUUGGUUUCAGUCCACUGAGCAGACAAACAACCACUCCUGCAGGUUUUUUUAUCGAGAAAGAGGGAGUGGAAAUUGGCGAGAAAUGGCUGCAUGGAGUUCUUCAUUCCUUAACACACACACACACACACACACACACACACACACACACACACACACACACACACACACACCCUCUCCCUCUGAGGUCACUAGAUGCCGGUGAUAGACUGGAAGUUACACAUAAACACAUUAGAGGAUGAAGAACUUCAUUUGGGAUGUUUAUUUUGAUUACUGCGCUCUCUCUCUCACACACACACACACACACACACACACACACACACACACACCAAUUACAUGAAGCCUUGAGCUCCAUCAAAAUGACUCAGGACAUAAUGUGUUUCCUGUCUGUGCGUUCAUGUAGAAAUGCAUGUGAACGUGUUCGCGUAAGUGCACUAUCUCAGUCUGAGUGUGUUUACGUGCGAGGGAGGGUGAGGGAGAUAGACUGAGAGAUCAGCAGAGGCUGAGGGGAGCAUCAGAGAGUGAAAUGAGACCAGAGUGCGAUCAGAGGAGGCUCAGAGCAGACAGACAAAUCCCCCUCAGUUUGGAUCUGAUGAGACGCAACAGUGAACCCACUGAGGACAGAAAGAAAAGAAGUCCGGGUCCAGUCGGCUGUCUGGUCGCCGUCUCCGUCAUGGACCUGCUGCCGGCGUUGGGGUCCACGGUGUUAGCCUCCACAGUCAGCCGGCUGAGGGAGAGCGCCGCAGUUCAGAGCAUCAACAGGAGGCUUAGGAGGAGAACCAUGUCGUCACCAGAGGUGUGCUGGCCAGUGCCGAUGCGAGCCAUUGGGGCUCAGAACCUCCUCACCAUGCCAGGAGGGGUUUCCAUCUCAGGAUACCUCCAUAAGAAGGGAGGCAGCCAGUUCAGCCUCAUGAAAUGGCCUCUGAGGUACACCAUCAUCCACAAGGGCUGUGUGUACUACUUUAAGAGCAGUACCUCUCCAGCACCACAGGGGGCGUUUUCUCUCAACGGCUACAACAGAGUGAUGAGGGCAGCCGAGGAGACGACGUCCAGCAAUGUUUUUCCUUUUAAGAUCGUCCACUUCAGCAAGAAACACAGGACAUGGUUUUUCUCUGCAGCCAGCGAGGACGAGAGGAGGAAAUGGAUGCGACACCUGCGGAGGGAGAUAGAUCACUAUAACGACAGAAAAGAGAGCCACAUCCCAAGUGACUCAGAUUCAGACAAUGAAAGUUUCUAUGGCACGAUUGAGAAGCCCAUGGAUAUCAAACAACCCAUCGAUAACGCGGAGGAUGAUUAUGGUGAGGAUGAUGAUGAUGACGACGAGGAAGACUAUCUGAAGCCGGACGGUGACUGCUCGCAGCAAUCUGCAGUUCGACAGCCGGGGCCGCCCCCCUCCUACCCUCCUCCACCAGUGCCGGCAGUGUUCCCACUCCGCCAGGACUCCAGCCCAGGUUUCCACAAGGGUCCAGCUCCUCCCGCCCCGCCUCAACACAGAAACCCAAACAGCGCUCUCCCCAAGAAACCUCCGCCUUCUUUCCCUCCUCCCUCCAUACUGAAGGACGCUAGCAAAGGGCCGCCUCCACCUAUUCCCUUCGCCCCCCACCUGCAGAAGACCCUCUCCUCCACCCCUCCGCUUCCUCCUCCCCCCAACGCAAAGAGAACUCUUCAGAGCAGGGCGACAUCUGUGGGGGUGCUGGGGAAUGACAGGAGGGUCCUACCGGCCGUAUCGAUCCAUUCCCCCGCCACUCUGCCCAUCUGUGACCAAUUAGAGUCUAGGAUGGUGCUAAAUGGCCCCGCCCACUGCGCCCUUAAUGCUGGAGGGACCCAGUCGCUGGGCAAUCAUCGCAUCAAGCCGAGCCUACCGCCUCCUCACCCUGUGAAUGUUGGGGGGGCCCCCCAUAGACCUGCGGUGUCAAACACCCUGUCCCUCAUCCAGACGCUCUCCAGUCACCCACCACUGCCUGGUCAACCUCCGCACUCUCCGCUACCUAGAACUGGUCUACACAAUAAGCCUGCAAUGCCCAAACCUCCUCCACCAUCAGCCAAACCGCCGCUGCCUGCAGUAAAGUCUAAGCCAGGAGCCCCGCUCCAAAGAGCAUCUCCAGAUGGCCAGAGCUUCCGUUCGCUGGGAGACGAGACGCCCGCAGACUUCAGGAGGAAACGGGACUCGUCCAAACGCAGCGAAGAAGGCGAUUCUGACGACGACUACGAGAACGUGCAGCUGCCUGAAUCUGUGUACAUUGACACGACUGAAACCAGCUUUGUGGAAAAGUUAUUCAAAGAGAGCCCGGACCCUCCACAAGACGGGCUCUACUGUAUCCGAAACUCAGGAACCAAAACCUCAAAGGUGCUGGUGGUGUGGGAUAUAGGUAUAAACAAAGCCAGAAACUACAGAUUGUUUGAAGAGGAGGACCUCGUUUUCCUGGACAGCGAGGUGACCUUCCCCACCCUGUCUGAUCUGAUCGAACACUACUACAGCCACCCUCUCCCUCACCACGGCUCGCUCUGCCUGCAGAAGCCCUACACGAACCCACUGAGCUCCUGAUCGCCACGGUCGGCGUGCACAAACACAACUGGGACCAAAGAGGAGUGGAGAGCCGGGGAGGUUUUCUGCCACUGAAAUCCACCUCCGUCAAAGACGAGUGGAGAUCUGGCACAGACCGCACCUCUCACUGUGGAAAAGAAAACUGUGGCUGCAUCAGAAUGCUCCAUAAAGACUGCUAUUUUGUGUGCAACAUAUAUCAAACCCAAUCCAUUAGUAAUAGACAUUUAGUGGAACAUUAUUGAACUUGCUCUAAGACAAACUAGACCCCUAUCUAAAUCUAUUCUGCUGUGCACUGAAGACAUGUCAGUUAUUAUUAUUAUUAUUAUUAUUAUUAUUAUUAUUGUUAUCAUCAUCAAUAUUAUUAUUAUUGUCCAUAUAUAAACCAGUUCUGAAAAUCUAGCAAACAGACCAUAACCCUGAAAGAAUCAGACGCCCGCUCUGUAUUUGACAGAUCCCUGCUGCUUUAUGCAAACUAAACAACUAGUGUGGACAGGAGAGUGUGAACUGACCAUGAUGGAGCAGAGACAGAUGGGUUUGAUGCACACCGUCCACAGAGGGGCGCUGUGGCACCAGAUGAAAAGGAAUUUACCAUAGCUUCAGUUCUAGGUCCAUGUGGGAUCCUGGGAAGUCCUUUGUCCCAUGGCUCAACCUCUCUGUGAGGAGCCAUGUCCCUGCUUGUGUGUUGUACUUCAGCUGCCAAGAGAAGGGACCACCCUGUCAAAUAAAGGACGAUUAGGUGGACUCAGCCAUACAGCGUUACAGUUAUAUUCAGAUGACCAGCCACAAGUAUAUGUUUGAUAUUUCUGAUACAACUUCAGACAGGGCUUCAACAGACAAUUAUUUUAUUAUUGAUAAAAUUGUUACUUAAUCUGCCGGUUAUUUUCAUGAUUAGUUGUUCAGUCUAUAAAACGUUAAAUUAUUGCGAAAAAAUGCUCAUCCCAAUUUCCAAUGUCCAAAACCCAAAGACUCUUCGUUCACCGUCAUAAAUGACAAAGACAAGCUGCGGAUCCACCCGUUUAAGAAGCUGGAACCUGCAAGCGUUUGAAACGUGACUGAAACGAUUGAUUGUGAAAAUACCUGUACAUUAAUCAGCCAAUCGUUGAAGCUCCGCAGUCAGAUAUACUAUUGUAUAUAUUAUUUAUUACUCUCAUUAAGAUGAUUCAAUUGAGUAAACCAUCUUCGGAGGUUCAGCCGUAACAGUGUAUGGUUUGGACUUGAAUAAUAUCUUGCUUUUAAUACUGAUUAUUGUCAGUUUUAAAACGAGCUCAAGUCUGUGUUGCUGCCAACAGCUGGACUGGUGUUAGACUGUGGUGAACUGUGGGAAAACACUGACCCCUGAAAACUCCACUAGAACAGUGUCCAAGUGUGGUUUAAAUGAACUGUGUGUAGGUAUUUUCAUUCUAUUUAGUUUUUGACACCUGGAACACACUGACCUGCUACCUGGCGGUGCAUGACGAGCUCUCGGUGGGUUUAGGGACAGAUCUGCUGUGUCUUAAUCUUGUCAUUAGUGACCCGAGACCGUUCCAAUUUGACUUGUUUCAGGACCAAAUUACAUAAGACUUUUAAUCUGAAACAGCUCUAUAUUUGAAUGAGAGGGCAGCAGUGCCUUCAGAUAUCUGACAAACCUUCAGCUCACCCUCAGACUUUGUACUUCUAUCGUGUCUUAUAUGUGCAAAGGCGAACGCAUCUUCCAAGCAUUCCCAGCUCAAACUGGCUUUUCAUCAGCUUUUUUGGGGCUUGAAAAUGUUUUUACUUUUUCUAAUGCAAUGGCAGGCAGGAAACAUUGCAUUCAUUAACAAGACACAGAACCAGACCAGCCGGUGCAGCACAUCAAACUGAACAUUUUGUCCUUAACUGCAAAAAUGUAAAGCACUGACUUUACAUCUGUGUAUCACUCUAUAUUUAUAUGUAAAUGCUGUAUGUACUGUAAAAAAGCAUCUGUACAAAUGUAAAUAUAUUGUUUUCUACAAAAAUAUAUGUUGAGAUUUAUGUAAUGAUGCAUAAAGGAUUACUUAAAGCC